AUGCAACGCUUUUCGAACCUGCUCGCCGGCGUCACGUGUGGUACAUCGCAGACCACCAUCGUCUUUCAGUCCCAACGAGUCUUCGAUCACGCGGUCCAAGCGUGGUCGUCGUGGGUCCAAGCGGAACCCGAUCAUCGCAUCGUGCUCUUCGCCAACUGGGCAGGGUGUAUGCUCACCGAAGACACCCUCAAGCCUUUCCACUUUCACGAUAUGUCUUUCGAUCCUGCGCGACUCGAGAUCACCCUUCACGGCGUCGAGACGGACUGGAAGACGGCGACGCACACUAUGCGACUCGCGAUCGGCCUGCCGACGGGGAAGACCUUCGACGACUUGAUGGAGGAGCCGCACAUUUCGAAGCGAUCGUUCUGGCAUAAGAUCGGAAAGUUCUUUCACAACGUGGUUCAUAAGGUGGCGAACAAAGUCAUCAGGAACCGUCAGACGGCACCUCUCAAACUUCAACUCGGCCACCAAAGGACCACCACCCACCGGCAUACUUCCACAGAUCCGAGGGGGCUCCAUUCAACAGUGAUUUGCUACGACUGCGGAGCGCACGGAACAGUCGAAUUUUCACUGAUGGUCACGACUGUCGCGUGGGUCCCGAUCUUACCCUCCAUUGUGGUCGUAGCGCGCCAAGUCGGCUUUAAGCUUCAUUUGGGGUUCGAUGCAACGGUUAGUCGUGCUCGUGCUCUCACGCCAGCUCCUUUGUCAAGUCGCUGCCCCGAUUCCGCGGCGGCGCUCGUCGCCCGACGGAACUUCUGAUCACUGACAGGACGCUAUCAACGAGUUCAUAGGCUGCCAUCCCAGAGUCAUACGGCUGGGGCGAUACGCUCUUCAAAUUCGGAGUGCCUCAAUUAUCGUUCAGCAUCCCGCACAUCCUCGACAUGGGCGUGUUCCUUACCCUCGGAUGGGGCUACGGCAUCUCAGGCUUGACGGGAAAUUUGCAAGUCGAGAAGACCGUCGACCUCGGGUUCAUUGACGGUAUGGGGUUGCGUCUUGCCGCGCCCGGCGUCGUUGUUCCCUUGGGGAAGUGGGGAAUCACUCACACGUCCACACCAACCAGCAUCACCGGCUUCGGUUCGGGCACACUUUCCGCUGGUGUCAGUUUGGCACUAAGUCUCAAGAUUGACCUCUUUAAAAUCGGGUGUGAGUUGUGAUUUUCACCUCUCUUUUCUAUCACCCAAUGUCGCUGAUUUGUUCGGUCCAUGUGCGCUGGCAUUCGCUUGCUUUGUUCGUGUGUCACGGGUAUGGCAGUUAUUUCCCCAAUGUCCGUCUCACUCGGUGCUGGCCCUGCACUUAGUAAGCGUGCUUUGCAAAGAGGGACUCGCCGACCAUCAUGAUUUAUUGCUAACGAAUCGUUGCAUACCCACGACCUCUAUUUCCCAGCUGUCGGAGUUGCGGGCCCACGCGUGGGCCCUUGCUCGGCUGUAGCGCGAGCGAGCGGUGAGUGUCACCUGUCACCAUGUCACCGCCCAGGCCCACAUGGAUCGUACGGCCACAAGGUCUUGUGCUUUGAUGUCAUUGCUAAUUAACUCUACACUCUCUCUUUCACUAGGCCACACGUUUUUCGCCCAACCCAAGAUCUCAAUCGUGCUUUCUGUCGGGGCAUCGGCAGGCGCCAAUCCGUGGGGUUUUGGUAUCCCGAUCGGCAAGAGAUCGCUUGAAAAUAAUUUCGGCAACCCCAUAGACAACGGAUCGACUACCUUCAACAUUCAUCCUACCCACGACACCUCGUUCGAAAAAUCGGACCAAUCCGGGAACGAGCACGUGCCUGACCCUAAUCCCGGCAACCCCAUAAACAACGGCUCGACUACCUUCAACAUUCAUCCUACCCACGACACCUCGUUCGAAAAAUCGGACCAGUCCGGGAACGAGCACGCGCCUGGCCCCAAUCCAUUCGGACGCGGCUUCAACGAUUCGAAAGUGCCGAGCUUCGGUAUAUCGACGCCACUUUACAAGUGGGGGAUGAAUAUCGGCUCUCCACUGUGCUUCCACAUGAGCCGGAAACGACACGACGUCGCGAGAGCCCAUCCACGGGAUUUGGUGGUCGCAAAGACAACGCGUUCGUUCUCAUUGGAAGAUUUCGAGUCGCUAGGUGUCGACCAUGCUCCAGAGGAGUAA